CCAAGCACCAACUGUCAAAAGCACGCGAUUCGUUUCUCUUUUUUUGGGAGCGGCUUCUGUUGUGAUUGCCGCAAAAUUGAUCGAAAAUAUCAAGUUUUUUGCUGUAAAUAUUGUGUGAAAAUUACGAUUAAUCGAUAGUCGCCGUAGUGUUCCAAUGGACGAAACAAAAAGCGCAGAGAUGAAUCCGGAUCAGCAGCAAGCGGAGCUCCGGAACCCUCCGGUCGAUAGCAUCAGCAGCACAAAAACAAUAACAACCGACUCCGCAGAUGAUACCAUCCACUUCUACGCCACGUUGGCCUUCAUCGUGGUGAUCAUCGUUAUCGGCGUGCCCAUGUGGUGGAGAACUACCGAAGUGUACCGAGUUCCGUUGCCCUACUCGGAAAUCGAAUCGCUGGACGAUGCUCCCAUCAAGGCCACCAUCCGGAUGGGGCUGUUCGUGAAAUCCAAAGAACGCCGAGACGUAUUGUUGUUCGAACUGCGCAAGAAGUUUGAAAACAACUUCGUGUUCAACCUUCAACUGGAAAAUUUCUCACUAGACCCAGCUCUGGUCGAAGCGGCAAAGACUCCUGCUGCUCUGGAAGCAGCAGUCUUGAAAAGACACCCGUUGGGCCUCGGAGAGUUCGCGCUCAUCGAGUGGAACAAAUUGGAAGAUGACGUCCUAGUAACAUCCGAGAGGAGUGCUUUUAUAUCGGAAAGUGCCACGUCCUUGAAAAUCUACCAAGUUCUAUCGUCCUGGAUCUUGCAAGAGUACAAACUCAAAGCGAUUCUUGGAUCACGUGAUCUUCAAACCAGCCAACAUCGUCAGCUAAGGUUGAACACGGCUCCGAUGCAACCGCACUACGAGAUUCUGAUUUCGGUGUUGAACCCUCGUCCGGAUGUUCAGAAGAUUCACUGGAAUGCCCGUGCUGCGGCGGAAAACUACAUUGCCCCAUUUCUGGAUGGUCUGUCCAUGAUUGCCAACUUCACCGUUAAGACCCAAUGGGUCUACCAGGUGGAAAUUCAAAAUCCACAAAAGCAGAUCCCGGACGAGAGUCGACUCAAGCGUCACUACGCCAUCCAGGAGGAUGCCCUGCCGCAUGUGAUCACCGCUUUCGAGAAGAAACUGGGCAAUCAGAUUUCCAACGAUCCGGCCAUCCAUCUGGUGGUGUACGUUCCUCCGUGUGGACUGGCUCCACUGCGGAUCUACCGGAAGGACGGAUCGCGUGCCUCGGAUAAUAACGUAGAGGCGUUCACUUCGGCCAAAUGGGGUGGAAUUGUGUUGGCCAACCCGUCGGAGGACGCCAUUGCCCGGUGCUUGGAGGGCACUGGCACAACGGAGUUCCACUUGAGUUCGCAGGACGUCAUGCCGGUGCUGUUGUACCAGCUGAGGAAGAUUUUCGAUCUGGAGAAUAAUAUCCCCCUACUGGACUGCUCCAUCACCCCGUUCACCUCGAUUGAACCCCGCAUCUGGGAGCUGGACAACUUCAUCCGAAGCAACACCAUCUAUCGGAUCCACUCGGCAACCCUGACGCUGCAAUCGCUGAUCCAGCUGCUUGGUGGCAUCGACUACAUCGUUAUCGACGACCAGGUCGGGGCGUCCAUCAAGGAUGCCCACGAGCGGAUCAUACUGGCCAAACGUCUCCUACUGGGGAACCGUCUGGCCGAGGCAGCCGCUGAAGCAAAGCAGGCCUACGUUUCGGCUGAGCGGGCCUUCUUCGAUCCGAGCAUGCUGGCCCUGCUGUACUUCCCGAGCGAGCAGAAGUACGCCAUCUACAUUCCGUUGUUCCUGCCGAUCAUGAUCCCGGUGAUCUUCUCGUUCAACUCGAUCAGCAAGUUCCUGAAGAAGCGGUUCGGUAAGCAAGACAAACAGAAGACUGAGUGAGGAAAAGGGCCAUAGAAUGCGGCGGGAAGUCAUCAUGUAGAGGUAGGAGUUUGUGUGUCUUUUUAGAACUCUUUAAUUUGUACAAGUGGGUGUGUGCACAGAACAGAACGUUUACUGAAAUCCA